AUGGGAUAUUCCUUCAGUUCCCAGAUGAAUAGUGGGAAAGACUCCACAUUGACCAACCUUGGGGGCCUGAAAACCCAGGUCCUCAAGGAGGAUAGAGCACAGAGAGGACCCGCUGAGACCCAAGAGCCUGCAUGUGAAGCCAGGCCUUGGGCCACCUUGUCCAUCAAGGGGGUGCCUACUUCCGUGGUGUCUUCAAAGGGACUGUGGAAAGAGAGGCCUUCAGCCCAUACCUCUGAAUGCUUUUCCACCACAGCAUGCCCUGUGGCCUUUAUCCUGCUGGUGUGGAACAGUCAGACGCCUGCAGGGCUGCAGAGCCUCUGUACUGAGCGGCAUCCCAGCCUGAGUGCCAGAGCUCAGAGGGCAGGCCCCCGAGCAAGCAGAGAGGAGGGCACCUUUUGGACAGAAUGUGUGGGACAAGAGCGAUGGCUCAUCCGUUCAGGUUCCUCACAAAAUGAGAGUCAGGAAGAUCAGGGCGCAGGCCUGAUUUCCCAGGCAGGGCUGAAAGCAGACAACCGGAGGGAGAGCAGCACCUGGGCCAAUGAGGUAGAAGACAGAAGACCACAGUGUACUCCUGCCCUCAACCUCACCCCCUCCCACCCACAUCCUCCACACUCCCUGACCACCUUCCUCAGAAGUGUAAUAGGAAUCCAGAUUCCCCCUGGCCUGGUUGCUGCAGGAGGCACAGUAGCCUGAUGGAGCCUGAGGCAGGUGUGGGAAGAUGUGGAUUGUCUAACUGGAGGUUGGGAGUCCAGGGUGUAGAAGCAGCUUGGAGUGCAGGAUUUGGUGGUAUGUGUGUGGCAGUAGGCAAAAGAAAGAGACAACUGGCCGGGCGCGGUGGCUCACGCCUGUAAUCCCAACACUUUGGGAGACCGAGGCGGGCGGAUCACGAGGUCAGAUGAAGACCACGGUAAAACCCCGUCUCUACUAAAAAUACAAAAAAGUAGCCGGGCGUGAUGGCGGGUGCCUGUAGUCCCAGCUACUGGGGAGGCAGAGGCAGGAGAAUGGCGUGAACCCGGGAGGCGGAGCUUGCAGUGAUCUGAGAUCGCGCCACUGCACUCCAGCCACUGCACUCCAGCCUGGGUGACAGAGCAAGACUCUGACUCAAAAAGAAAAGAAAAGAAAAGAAAAGAAAGUGACAACUGAGCCACUUGAAAUACCAUGAGAAUUCAAAUUUAGAAAAUUCCUGGGGAACUAUGCAUGCAGGCACUCACCAGAUCCACAAAACAGCUGCUGCAUAACUGCAUGUUGCAAGCAAGCCCUAAAUUGCUGAUUUUGAAACAGCCUGCUGGGUUCACAAAGACAAUUUCUGAAUAGUCUUAAGAGCAGAGGUGCACUAAAGCCACUGUGCCCUGCAGGCCCGGAUCCCAGUAAGUUCUUUAAGGAGUAAGUCUUACUUCCAUUUAUGGAAGAUUUUUGGAGUUGUCCUUGGUCACCCCCAGGAAUGUUUUGGUUAAGAGUAGAAUUUUAGAUGUCAUCAAUUUAAAAAUUAAAACUAAAACGCUGGAACUCAUAGAGAGAUAAAAUUAAGAGAAUACAUUCACUAUCCUGAGUAGAAAGAUUUCUUAUAGAACAUAACAGGCUUUAAAAAUAAAGAAAAAAUAGGGCAAAAUUUCAUCAAAUUAAAUGCUUUGAGAACUAAAAUUAAAAUCCAAAGCCACCCAACCAACUGGACAGACUGCUUCUUGGCCAAGGAGACCCCAGAGAAGUCUUAAAUACUGAGUUCCUGCCCAGUAGUUGGAAUCUCAGACACCUCUCCUUAUACUCUCUCCCUUUGUGGUUUAGACACAACUGACCAGCAUUAUUGUUAAAAUAGAGAUCCUAAGACUGACAGAACAGACUCCUUGCAGUAGUAAGAUACCAUAUUAUAAACAAGACCUAAGGCCACGCCAGGCAAGGUGGAGUCAUGCGCCCCUCAACUUAAAGAAUAAACUGUGUUCUAAUUGCCACAGGUUUUUUUCUUCUUCCUUUUUUUCUCUAGCUAAACAAGCACUGGCCUUGAGAUAAGCAAUGCUGAAGCACUUGCAGCUCACCCAUUACCAUAAACUGACUGAGCCCUCCCUACACAAGCCAUAACUAUAGCUUUGAUUGGACAAGAGACUGAUUUCAGUAACUUCCCCUUGAUAAGAGACCACUGGCUGUGGACUGGUUCUGGACAGUUUACAGAGGCUGUGCACUUGACUGCCUUUGUGUCCCUGCUUCCCCUUUUGAAGCAUAGGGCCUAAUUAUAAUGUAUUUAAAUGUUGUCUCCACUCCAAAGUGAACAUGGGUUGCAUGUAACAGGCAUGUUUACUCAGCAUGCAUGCAGCAGGAUCCCUUCAUGAAUAUUCAGAGCUCCUCCUAUUCCCUGUUGAAUAUGUAUAUGUGGCCCACCACAUCAACAUAAAUCCCUGUUCCCCCCUCCCCUCCCUGGAAACGUACUUUUCAGGUUUCAGCAGGAGGGUAUGCCUCCCUGUCUGUCGGAAUGGCCACCUUGCAGGCUGUAACCAUU